AUGAGGUGUGUGGAAUGCUUUAAGAAUAAACCAAUUGUUGCUACCCAGAUUAUGAGAGAUCUUCCCUCAGAACGAGUAACGCCUAGUUCCCCAUUUUUAAAUGUAGGAAUAGAUUUAUGUGGACCCUUUGAAAUUAAAUACAAAGGCCAGAGAAAGGGUACUUUUCAAAAAAUCUAUGUAGCUAUAUUUGUACGUAUGGCGACUAAAGCUAUUCACAUGGAAUUUGUGUCAGCUCUAAUCGCUGCUUUAAAGAGAUUUUUUGCACGACGCGGCAAGAGUUCAAUAAUUUUUAGCGAUAACGCAACGAACUUCACUGGAGCUUCCGCAGAGUUAAAACAUUUGCAUAAAUUAAUGUUAAACAGUGAGGACAUUUCGAGCCUGUUAGCCUCAGAAGGUAUCAGGUGGAAAUUUUUGCCUCCUAGAGCACCCAAUUUUUGCGGCCUUUGGGAGGCGGGUGUAAAGGCCUUCAAGUACCAUCUAAAGAGAGUCGUAGGCUCCGCUAGGUUAACUUUUGAAGAAUUUUUAACAGUAAUAGUUCAAAUCGAGGGCAUCCUCAAUUCGCGGCCACUCUCACCCUUAUCUACUGAUACAGAUGAUUUUCAAGCAUUAACUCCUGGACAUUUUCUGAUAGGGAAACCGAUAAAUGCCAUACCAGAACCAAAUUUAAUUGACAAAAGAGAUAAUCUUCUAAGUAGGUGGCACAGAACUCAAAAAUUAGUUCAAAACAUUUGGAAAUGCUGGCAAAACAGCUAUCUAAGCAAUCUGCAACAACGCUCUAAGUGGGUGCUUAAAAAGCCAAAUAUAACUCCUGGCAUGCUCAUUUUACUAAAAGACUCUCAACUUCCCAUUUGCAAUUGGUCUUUGGGUCGAAUUAUUAAGGGGAUUCAGGUCCUGACGGAAAUGUCAGAGUCAUAG